AGCCACUGAGCCGACCGCGACGAAAACUCGACAAACUGCCCCCCGCGACGCAGCCUGCGCUGAGUUCCAUUGGUUUGUGUCGCCAUGUCCUCUGCGGUGGGAGAUGAGAUGGAGCUGAGGCGACGCAAGGUGCAGCAAGACGCGGAGCAAAAGAAGAUCGAAGAGCAGGAGGCCCUCCAGAGCCAACAUGUGCUAAAGGACAAGGCCACAGGCGAAGGAGAUGUGGAUGAGUUGGACAAGGAAUAUGUCGAAUAUUUCAAGAAGAAGUAUGGAGAAAAUCCCCGCUCCGACAUCAUGGGCAUUGAUGGCUGUGCUCUCUUUGUGCUUAUCUACAUCGUGGUGGCUGGCGUGGUCUUUACAAUUAUCUUCCUUUCGAUGUAUGCGAGGCAUCGGGACAUCUUCGCCAACAUGCCCUUGCCCGGCUUUAAGUGACUCGCAUCGGCCGAAGCUUGGCCCGGCCGCCAGAAAUUCAGUGCCGUUGAUUUGACCGUUCCAAAUGGCCAGGGAUCCAUGAAGGGAUCCCCAGAGAGUCCAGGAAAACCUCUGAUGCCCGGGUGACAGAUGGAACUUUGUUUUUGUUUUGC